AUGACACCCACGGAAUUCACAAGCCUUAUUCCUAAUAUGUCUGAUGACUAUGGCUAUGACUCUGUGUCUUCCAUGGAUGACUACAUGAACUUCAACUUCACUGACUUCUUCUGUAAGAAAAACAAUGUCAGGCAGUUUGCAAGCCAUUUCCUCCCACCCUUGUACUGGCUUGUGUUCAUCAUGGGUGCCGUAGGAAACAGUCUGGUCAUCCUCGUUUACUGGUACUGCACAAGAGUGAAGACCAUGACCGACAUGUUCCUUUUGAAUUUGGCAAUUGCUGACCUUCUCUUUCUUGUCACACUUCCCUUCUGGGCCAUCGCUGCUGCUGACCAGUGGAAAUUCCAGACCUUCAUGUGCAAAGUGGUCAACAGCCUGUACAAGAUGAACUUCUACAGUUGCGUGUUGCUGAUCAUGUGCAUCAGUGUGGACAGGUACAUUGCUAUUGCUCAGGCCAUGAAAGCACAGACCUGGAGGCAGAAAAGGCUUCUGUACAGCAAGGUGGUUUGCUUUGCCAUCUGGGUGCUAGCAGCCACACUCUGCAUCCCAGAAAUGCUGUACAGCCAAAUCAGGAGGGAAUCUGGCAUUACCGUCUGCACCAUGGUUUACCCUAGGGACGAGAGUACCAAACUGAAGUCAGCUGUCUUGACUCUGAAGGUCAUCCUGGGGUUCUUCCUCCCCUGCGUGGUCAUGGCCUGCUGCUACACCAUCAUCAUUCACACCCUGAUCCAAGCCAAGAAGUCUUCCAAGCACAAGGCCCUAAAGGUGACCAUCACUGUCCUUACUGUCUUCGUCUUGUCUCAGUUCCCCUACAACUGCGUUCUGUUGGUGCAGACCAUAGAUGCCUACACCAUGUUCAUUUCCAACUGUGCCAUUUCCACCAACGUUGACAUCUGCUUCCAGGUCACUCAAACCAUUGCCUUUUUCCACAGUUGCCUGAACCCUGUUCUCUAUGUUUUUGUGGGUGAGCGAUUCCGCCGGGAUCUUGUGAAAACCCUGAAGAACUUGGGUUGCAUCAGCCAGGCCCAGUGGGUCUCAUUUACGAGGAGAGAGGGAAGCCUGAAGCUCUCGUCUAUGUUGCUGGAGACAACCUCAGGAGCACUCUCCCUCUGA